AUGGAGUAUUCAAACACCACGGGUUUGAAUCACAUCAUCGCCGAGGAGCCGCAGAAUCCGGAGCCAGAGCAGCCGACCAAAACCAGACUGUCUGUGAUUGGUAGCUACUUCAAGAUUGAAUCGCCGACCGGACCGCAGUCGAUAGCUUUGGGCAGCCAGCGUUGCCUCAAUACGCCCCCGACCACGCCCAGCAGUCCGCUGAGGGAAGCGCCCCAAAGUCCGUCGGACGGACACGUCUCCUCGCUGAGUUCGCACUCCGGAUCGGGAUGCAGUGACAUCCUGUUGGGUAAGUUGAGUACGAUUCUGAGUCCGAGUGCCGGCCUUUUGGCCCACGACUCUCCACCGCUCCGUUUGAUUGCAUUUCCCGGUGGCUGUUAUUUAUAG